GCGAUUUCACAUUGCAAUAAAACUAAUGUGUUUUAUGUGUAAGUAAUAUGGAGGUUGAUACCCUGCGUCCAGAGGUAAACUUCACCCGACACAGAGUGAUGGCAAACCGAUGGAGCGGAGAGAAUCGAGGGUCUUUCCAGGUGUGCGACUUUGAAAAUACUCAACAGAAGUAAUGAGCGUCACAUUACAGGCAGCAGUGUGCUGUAGUUGUUGUUAUCAACGGUGGUCCGCAGUUCGUCACCCAUCCCUGACUGCACGAGCGGAGCCUUUUUCCUCCCUUUUGAAGCUCGUGCUGGUGCGGCGCUGCACGUCGUGGGUGGUGGCGGCGGCGGCACAAGGAGGAAGGAACGUACGCGUGCAUAAAUAAUGAUACGCUGAGGACCAUCGGGGCUUUGAGGCACAGAACUCCUGACUGCGAGAGAAGCAACUCAAACCUGAAAAAUGAAGGUUUUCACAGGAAAGCUGAUCACUGGAACAACUUUUUUCAUGUGGACCUUUUAUGUCAAGGCUUGCAUGUCAUCGGAUAAUGUGACAAUGACAACGGAAAUACCCAAUUAUGACUUCAGCAGCGAUACAACAGAUAUGGACUACGACUCAUUUGAACAAAUGUGUGAAAAGAAAUCAAACCGCAAAUUUCGUUCUUGGUUCUUACCUUCCAUCUACUCCCUUAUCUGCUUCGUGGGCUUGGUAGGUAAUCUCCUGGUGAUGCUUACCUACAUUUAUUUCAGAAGGCUGAAGACCAUGACUGAUGUAUACCUGCUCAAUUUGGCAGCUGCUGAUCUACUGCUUGUGCUAACAUUACCCUUCUGGGCAGCCAGCUUUCUUGAUAAGUGGAUCCUGGGGCAGUUCUUAUGCAAAGCCAUAUACAGCAUUUACAAGAUUAGCUUCUUCAGUGGAAUUCUGCUGCUCACCUGCAUCAGUGUGGACCGCUACUUUGCCAUUUCUCGUGCAGUCUCUGCUCAUCGCCAUCGCUCUCGGGCAGUAUAUUUCAGCAAAGUGUCAUCUGUUGUGCUCUGGGCUCUAGCACUACUGUUUUCUGUGCCUGAAAUGACAUACACCCAGUUGAAUGAAAACCAGACUUGCACCCCGUUCAAUGGAAACUCGAGCCAGCUGCGUAUAAAUAUACAGGUAGGCCAGAUGAUUGUUGGAUUUGCCCUGCCAGCCAUUGUCAUGGGUUUCUGCUAUUGUAGCAUCAUACAAACACUGAUGCAAGCCCGCAAUUUUGAAAAGAAUAAGGCUAUCAAGGUCAUCUUUGCUGUGGUAGCAGUCUUUUUGCUUUUCCAGUUGCCCUACAACAUACUGCUUCUGAUAGGCACCAUUAUCAGAGCCUCAGGAGGUAAUAAAGACUGCACAUUUGACAAUAAAGUACUCUUUGCUACGGACAUCACACAGAGCCUCGCCUUCAUGCGCUGCUGCCUCAAUCCAUUUCUGUAUGCUUUUAUUGGUGUCAAGUUCCGCCAUGAUUUGCUGAGGUUGCUGAAAGACCUUGGUUGUUUGAGUCAACGGCACUUCUUCAAGUACACCUCCUGCUCAAGGAAACGAUCAUCUGUGGACACUGAGACCACAACUUCUUUCUCCCCUUAGGGUCAGCACUCAGUUUUGACUAUCACAGUUGAAAAUUAUUCAAACGAAAUUCAAAACAAAGUAAACCGGUUGCACAUCAUCAAUUUAUCCAUCUCCAUUUAAGCAAAUGGUCAGUCACCCACACCAUACUUGGAUCCCUUAAGAUGCAAAUUUUUGUUGCAUUGAGAAAAGCAAGAGAUCAACAGCAACAUAGAUAUUAGAUGUGUAUUAGUAGGCUACUGCUUUGGAUUUACAAACUAUUUCAGAACUUUUGUUAUUACAGUUCUUUGCUUUUGAUUUCCCAACUGCUAUUGCCAGAACAAUACAAAUUGUAUAUGAAAUUUAUCAGAAGCAUUUCUAAAAAAAUUUAAAGUCAUGCAUGCAUUGAAGCAGAAGUACCAUAAUGUAUUGUAAGUGGUGUAUCUGCAUCCGGAUCUCUUAAUGUAUGGUGUGUUAGGAAUGUGAGUGUUUCUUUGAGAAGGUGGGGUAUUACAGGAAGUGUAUGAAAUUCUAAGGGUGUGUCUCUCAGCCAUACUGGUAGUGUUAUUUAAUUCAAUGAUUGUCAAAAGAGCAAAUUGCAGGAAAGUUCAGCAAAUGUUUUUUUUUUGGGUACGUGUGCAUGUUUUUGCAGCAGUGCACAGUUUGAAACAGUUAUUCAUGAUAAACAUACUGUGCUCAGUGGAUCCCUGCUUAGUUUAUUACACAUAUUUACAAGGAACUGCUUAAUUAAAAAGAGAAGUGGUAAUUACCCAAGAGCCAUAACCAAGACAGAAAACUGCCCUGGGCUUUUUGAGCAUGCCUGGAAAGAGGACAGCAAAGGUAAUAGGUGUAAUGCACUUCUGUAUUGUUUUUGGGAUGUGCAUUGCUGUGGAGAAAACCAUCCGCUAAACAAAUAAAUGUAAAUAUGUAUUUUACAACAUGCUGAAAUCAUAGGUUGAUUUCGGAUAUUCAAAUGUUUUUCCAUGUUUUGGUGAUAAAUGGCAAAAUCGGUUUGCCACUUUCAGAUGGGCUACGAAUGCAUUAUCAUUUCACCAUUAUAUAAAUAAUUGGAAUUGAGCUUCUGGUGUUUGAAAUUCUGAAAUCUGUGCUGUUUUCAGGAAUGGAUUCAUUGUAUAAA